GGCGGCGGCGGCGGCGGCGGCGGCGACGCGUCCGGGCAGCUUGCAAAGAGCAGCCUGGCUCCCUCUGCCACGGGAUGGUGCUAGAAGUUUCUUCAGGGUCGUGUCACCUUCAGCUUCUCCUGUGGAAACUGAAGCCACUGGGGUUUCCCAUCACUGACUAAAGGACCGAGUCUCCGGCCGACCGAGCAGGCCUGGGAUGGGUAGUGGCGUGAAGGAGGGCUCAGUGCGCUCGCCUGAGGAUGCCGAAGCGGCCCGGCCCGCGCCCGUCUCCUCCAAGAGAGACCCCCGGCAAGUGCUCAGCUCCCUGCUGUCGGGGGCCCUGGCCGGAGCACUCGCCAAGACCGCGGUAGCUCCCCUGGACCGAACCAAAAUCAUCUUCCAAGUGUCUUCUAAAAAGUUUUCUGCCAAGGAGGCCUUCCGGCUCCUCUACUUCACCUACCUCAACGAGGGCUUCCUCAGCCUGUGGCGCGGGAACUCGGCCACCAUGGUCCGCGUGGUGCCCUACGCCGCCAUCCAGUUCAGCGCGCACGAGGAGUACAAGCGCGUCCUGGGCCGCUACUACGGCUUCCGGGGAGAGGCGCUGCCCCCCGGGCCCCGCCUCCUGGCCGGCGCGCUGGCCGGCACCACUGCCGCCUCCCUCACCUACCCGCUGGACCUGGUGCGGGCCCGGAUGGCCGUGACCCCGAAGGAGAUGUACAGCAACAUCUUCCACGUGUUCAUCCGCAUCUCGCGGGAGGAGGGGCUGAAGACCCUCUACCACGGCUUCACGCCCACCCUGCUGGGCGUCAUCCCCUACGCCGGGCUCAGCUUCUUCACCUACGAGACGCUCAAGAGCCUGCACAGAGAGUACAGCGGCGGGCGGCAACCCUACCCCUUCGAGCGCAUGGUGUUCGGCGCCUGCGCGGGCCUCAUCGGGCAGUCGGCCUCCUACCCGCUGGACGUGGUCCGGCGGCGCAUGCAGACGGCGGGCGUCACGGGCCACCCGCGCGCCUCCAUCCUGGGCACGCUGCGCAGCAUCGUGCGCGAGGAGGGCGCCGUGCGCGGCCUGUACAAGGGCCUGAGCAUGAACUGGCUCAAGGGCCCCAUCGCCGUGGGCAUCAGCUUCACCACCUUCGACCUCAUGCAGAUCCUGCUGCGGCACUUGCAGAGCUAGGCCCUUGCCCGGCCCGGCCGUCUCCGCCCCGGCCGGCGCCCUCCAAGUGCAAUGUCGGACCUGGAGCCUUAGCCGGGCGCCGUGCCCGCCCCGGCCCGCCCCGCGCUCGGCGCCCCCGAAGGCCGGGACGGUCACCGGCGCUCCGCACCCGGGCCGCCGCGCGAGUCCAGCCUCCCCCCCGCCGUGCGCCUGCGCAGGAGCCUGCGCUUCUCCGUGCCCACCGCGUCCUGGGCCAGGCGGGCUGGCGGCAGCCACGCCCUGCCCGGGGUGGGGGGCCGCGGCCUUCCCCAUCGAACCCCAGGCCGCGCCUUGUUGGCUGGGAGGGGCGGUCCUUCCCGCUGGCCCCGCCCAGCGCCCCUCGAGGCGCCGAGGCCCCGCGCGGAGGGAGGGGGGGCCGCCGGCCCUUUCUCCACGCAACCCUAACAUUCCCUGGGUCCCGGGCACCCCGUGUCCGCGGCCCCUGCCCGGGACAAGAAUUUCCAGCGCGGGAGCCGGGCUGGGUUUCCGGAGGUCCCGGGCGCGCGGGAGGGCCCGCAUGGGACAGCCCGCGCGCAGGGUCUCAGGGUGCGUGGGGGGGCGGGGCUGGCCGGCGGGGCGCCCCACUCGCAGGCUGCGGCCCGGCGCGGAGUAUAUUUUCAUGCCAUGACGACACUUUGUUUAUACAUAACUUUUAUAUAUUUUAAAGAUUUGUGCCAAGAUUAUAUUUAAUAAAAACGAAAGCGACUUC